AUGGAGACGAAAUGGAGUUACGUUCGUGACGCCGUCUUCGGCAUGCGACUCGCCCAUCUCCAAGUCCUCCGCCUCAGCGUGAUGGGUGAUGUCUCUCACGAAUCGAUCCUGUCGGACGUCCUCGCUCAUUCCAAGGCGGCAUCGGAGCUACACAUAACGUGCUUUCCGAUCCUCAUGCUAUCAAUGAAAAAGAUCGAGGAGGUCGGAAACCCGGAGGGACUGCUUCCCAAGUUGCGAAGGAUCUGUAUGGACCUGGAGGGUGACAAGAUGCAUGCCGACUCCAUUGUCAUCUGGCGAAAGCUCCUACGGCGUUAUAGGGCAUCGAAAACUACGCUGGAGGUGGUGUUCACUGGUACUGGUGAACGUUCACUUCCCCCGAAGGUGCUGCGGGAACUUCGCGCAGCUGCAGGGUCGAAUAUCACCAUAGCGGUGGAUAAACGUCCAGCUUACGGAUCCGGUGAAAUGUGA